AUGAUGAGACCGAUUUCGAACAACGGAUUAGUUUACAGGCACAGCCUUUGUCUCAGAUGCUCAAAGUUUUUUACUUCGCUUGCCAUGGCUAACGACGAGGUCGAUACCCAGACAACAACACCAAAUUUUCUAGAGACGACGAGCACAGCUAUCUUUAGAUGCAAUUCUCAGAUCUCGAAGCUCGCAAGAAACGGGAAUCUCCAAGAAGCUGAAGCUAUUUUCAGACAGAUGUCACAGAGAAGUAUAGUCUCUUGGAAUGCGAUGAUUUCGGCUUAUGCGGAGAAUGGUAAGAUGAGUAAAGCAUGGGAAGUGUUUGAUGAAAUGCCUGUGAGAGCUACAACCUCUUAUAAUGCUAUGAUUACGGCUAUGGUUAAAAACAAGUGCGAUAUAGGAAGCGCUUAUGAUUUGUUUCGUGCUAUACCUGAGAAGAACGCCGUGUCUUACGCAACGAUGAUUACCGGUUUCGUUCGGGCAGGAAUGUUUGAAAAGGCGGAAUCUUUGUAUACUAAAACACCAGUGAAGUUUCGUGAUCCUGUUGCUUCGAACGUUUUGUUGAGUGGCUUCUUAAGAGCAGGGAAAUUGAAGGAGGCUGUUCGUGUUUUUGAGGGUAUGGUAGUGAAAGAAGUAAUAUCAUGUAGCUCAAUGAUUGAUGGAUAUUGCAAAAUGGGGAAACUCGUUGAUGCUAGAAACAUUUUUGAUGGAAUGGCUCAGAAAAAUGUGAUUACUUGGACUGCUAUGAUCGAUGGGUAUUUCAAAGCUGGGUUUUUUGAAGAUGGGUUUGGUCUGUUUCUGAGAAUGAGACGGGAGGGAGAUGUCGGUGUUAAUGCUAACACUUUGGCUGUCAUGUUUAAAGCUUGUCGGGAUUUUGUCAGAUACCGAGAGGGAAGUCAGAUACACGCGUUAGUUUCACGGAUGCCUCUUGGGUUUGAUCUGUUUCUAGGGAAUUCAUUGAUUUCGAUGUACUCUAAGCUUGGUUCUAUGGGCGAGGCCAAAGCAGUGUUUGGCGUGAUGACAAAAAAAGACUCUGUUUCUUGGAAUUCCUUGAUCACGGGUCUUGUUCAGCGCGGACAAAUUUCUGAAGCUUAUGAACUUUUCGAGAAGAUGCCGAAAAAAGACAUGGUAUCUUGGACAGAUAUGAUCAAGGGGUUUUCUGGAAGAGGAGAAAUUUCUAAAUGUGUAGAGUUGUUUAGGAUGAUGCCUGAGAAGGACAGCAUAACAUGGACUGCUAUGAUAUCUGCUUUUGUGAGCAAUGGAUAUUACGAGGAGGCGAUUUUCUGGUUUCAUAAGAUGCUCCGGAAAGAAGUUCGUCCUAAUUCCUACACUUUCAGUAGUGUGCUCAGCGCAACAGCUUGUUUGGCAGCAUUGAUUGAAGGACUUCAGAUCCACGCUAAAGUUAUGAAGAUGAACGUGGCGAAUGACUUAUCAGUUCAGAAUUCAUUGGUAUCGAUGUAUUCCAAAUGCGGAAACACGAAUGAUUCUUACAAGAUCUUCUCAUGCAUCAGUGAGCCCAAUGUUGUUUCUUAUAACACGAUGAUCAGCGGGUUUUCUUAUAAUGGUUUCGGGAAGGAAGCGCUUAGAUUGUUUUCAGUAUUGGAAAGUACAGGAAAAGAGCCAAACGGUGUUACCUUUCUUGCUGUACUAUCAGCUUGCGCUCAUGUUGGAUACGUAGACUUAGGAUGGGAAUACUUCAGAUCAAUGAAAUCUUCGUAUGGCAUUGAACCAGGACCUGAUCAUUAUGCAUGCAUGGUUGAUCUCCUUGGAAGAAGUGGAAUGCUUGAUAAAGCAUAUCACUUGAUCUCAUCAAUGCCUUUUGAGCCUCAUUCUGGGGUUUGGGGCAGCCUGCUUGGUGCAAGCAAGACUCAUGUACGUGUUGAUCUUGCAGAGCUUGCUGCUAAGAAACUGAUUGAACUUGAGCCUGAUAGCGCAACACCUUAUGUGGUACUGUCCCAGCUAUAUACAAUUGUUGGGAAAAACAGAGAUGGUGAUCGGAUAAGGAAUCUAAAGAAAUCGAAAAGAAUAAAGAAGGAUCCCGGGUCUAGCUGGAUCAUAUUAAAGGGUGAAGUACAUAAUUUUCUUGCAGGAGAUGAAUCUCAUUUGAAUCUGGCAGAGAUAACGGUCACACUACAGAUGAUGGAAAAGGAAAUGGAAUUGAUUUCUCUCAGCCAUGGUCGUAGUUUUCAGUGAAGCAAGGUGCAAUAUUAUCAUUUUUCUUCACUUUUUACUUCACCAAAAGAGAGCACGAAGCACACUGGAUCCCCUGUAAAAACUAAAGUUUGUCCUCCUAGCAAGAUGAUAUUGAAGCCUGUAAACUGGUGCAGAGGAAUUAUCCGUACCUGAACCAAGCUCUGUUAUUGAGGUAUGAGGUUUUAUUUUAAUUUUGGAGUUGAUUUAAUGGAUAAAAAAUAUAACAUUCAUUAAUUACCAAUUAUGUUAUCUUAUUUUUUACUUCUUCAUAUCAUAAUUCUUUGUUAUUUAUUUUGUUAUGUGGAUAACUGUUUGUUUAUUUACUUAACUACCUAUCCUUUUCCAAAUAGAAAACAAUAAUUAUAUAUAUGAUUUUAGGUGAACUC